UAAUUUAGUUUAUUUAGUAGAUAUAGGUAUUCUCAAAAUAUUUAGCAUAUUUUUAUAGAACUGCCAAUACUGACAUCAUAAUACCGCGACAGCACAAGAGUCAACUCUGUAGCUCCAAGCACACCAACAUACUGUGUGCACUUACAGUGCAUCCGAGAAAGUAUUCACAGUGCUUCACUUUUUCCACAUUUUGUUACGUUAGAGCCUUAUUCCAAAUUGUAUUAAGUUAAUUCAAGGAUUCAAGGAGAUUUUGUUCGCAUCACAUGUGGUACAUGAGGUGGAACGAAAUUGUGACUUACAGCUUCCGGAAAGAAGCUGUUUCUGAGUCUGGUUGUUUUGCACUUAAUGCUCUGCAGCCUCCGGUCUGAGGGGAGCGGGACAAAAAGUGCGUGUGCUUGGUGGGUGGGCUCCUUCCUGAUGCAGGUGGCCCUUUUCCUGCAUCUGGAGGUGUAGAUGUCUGUGGUGCUGGGAGGCUAACUCCAACAAUCCUCUGUGCAGCCUUCACCACCCUCUGCAGUGCUUUCCUGUCUGCAGCAGAGCAGCUUCCAUGCCACACGUUGAUGCUGGAGCACACGACUCUCUCCACCACACAUCUGUAGAAGGAGGUGAGGACUACGCUCCCGAGUCCAGCUCGUCUCAGCCUCCUGAGGAAGUAGAGCCUCUGAUGUGCCUUUCUGAUGUGCACACCCAAGUACCUGUAACUGUCGACAACUUCCACCGCAGAUCCUCCAAUGUGCAGGGGGAGGUGGGCAUGCUUGCCCCUUCUGAAGUCCACAAUAAUCUCCUUCGUCUUCUUUACAUUGAUGCAGAGGUUGUUUUUUCUGCACCAAUGCUCCAGGUGUUCCACCUCCUGCCUGUAGCUGGACUCAUCUCUGUUCGUGAUGCAUCCAACCACUGCCGUGUCGUCCGCAAACUUCACAAUAUGACAGCCUGGAUGGAGAGAAAUUAAAAUAUUCCAGGGAUUUCCAGGAAUUUCUCCUAAAAUUCAUCAACACAACAAAAAGGAUAUUGAAAUUGCAGAAAUUGUUUGAUACGUUUAACAAAUAAACAAAGCAAAGUCCCGACAUGGAGAAACAUCACCAGCGCAUUCACACAGGAGAGAAACCAUAUCACUGCUCAGACUGUGGCAAGAGUUUUACUAAACAGAGUCAUCUCAAACAGCAUCAGCACAUUCACACAGGAGAGAAACCGUAUCACUGCUCAGACUGUGGGAAUAGUUUUAAUCUACAGAGUAGUCUCAAAACACACCAGCGCAUUCACACAGGAGAGAAACCGUAUCACUGCUCAGACUGUGGCAAGAGUUUUACUAAACAGAGUCAUCUCAAACAGCAUCAGCGCAUUCACACAGGAGAGAAACCGUAUUACUGCUCAGACUGUGGGAAUAGUUUUAAUCUACAGAGUAGUCUCAAAACACACCAGCGCCUUCACACAGGAGAGAAACCGUAUCACUGCUCAGACUGCGGGAAGAGUUUUAUUACACAGAGUCAACUCAAAAUUCACCAACGCAUUCACACAGGAGAGAAACCGUAUUACUGCUCAGACUGUGGGAAGAGUUUUAAUCAAGAGGGUAAUCUCAAACGACACCAGCGAAUUCACUCAGGAGAGAAACCGUAUCACUGCUCAGACUGUGGGAAGAGUUUUAAUCGACAGAGUAAUCUCAAAAAACACCAGCGCAUUCACACAGGAGAGAAACCGUAUCACUGCUCAGACUGUGGCAAGAGUUUUACUAAACAGAGUCAUCUCAAACAGCAUCAGCGCAUUCACACAGGAGAGAAACCGUAUCACUGCUCAGACUGUGGGAAUAGUUUUAAUCUACAGAGUAGUCUCAAAACACACCAGCGCAUUCACACAGGAGAGAAACCGUAUCACUGCUCAGACUGCGGGAAGAGUUUUACUACACAGAGUCAACUCAAAAUUCACCAACGCAUUCACACAGGAGAGAAACCGUAUUACUGCUCAGACUGUGGGAAGAGUUUUAAUCAAGAGGGUAAUCUCAAACGACACCAGCGAAUUCACUCAGGAGAGAAACCGUAUCACUGCUCAGACUGUGGGAAGAGUUUUAAUCGACAGAGUAAUCUCAAAAAACACCAGCGAAUUCACACAGGAGAGAAACAGUAUUACUGCUCAGACUGUGGGAAGAGUUUUAAUCAAGAGGGUAAUCUCAAACGACACCAGCGAAUUCACACAGGAGUGAAACCGUAUCACUGUUCAGACUGUGGGAAGAGUUUUAAUCAACUGAAUUAUCUUAAAAAUCACCAGCGCAUUCACACAGGAGAGAUAACUAUCUCAGAUGUUCCACUGCAAUAAAAAGUGCAAAUUCUAAAUCGUUGACAGCCAAAGCACCUUAUUCCACCCAGAAUCUUCACUCUGUCACUUCACUCUGUCACUCUGACACAUUCCACCAGAAACAAUCAAGAACUGAAUUUAACAAUGGCUUUUACAGGUUCAGCAAAAUGAAUCUUAUCUGGGGAUGUUGUUUAAUGUAUUCCAUGAUAUGUUUUUCCCAGACGUGUAUGUAUAAAGACAUGUAAAAAAAACUAGAAACUCAGACUUAAGUAAAAGUACAAGUAUAUUUAUUUGAUUAGAAUCUGAAGUGUUAUUUAAGCUUCAUACUUGUUGUACUUGUGUUGCAAGUAGUUUUUCUACAUAUUUGAAUCUAGUACUGAAAGCAAAUUACAACUAAUGUGUUAUGUAGAUAUUAUGGAAAGAACUCAAAAGUUUGAAUAUCAUCUUGUUUAUAUUAUUUCUAAUGUUUAUAGAGUACAUUUACAUGAAGUCUUAAAUUAACUUUUUGUGUUGAACACACACAGCAAACUCAGCCACACUGCCCUCCCUUAAAAAACAUGGACUGUAAAUGAAUUUGAGAAGUGUCUCCAGGGGGAGGUUGAACGUCAUAUCAGUAGUGAAGUAAAAAAUUAUAAAAUAAAAUACAGCAUUUUGGUAGUUAAGUACAGUGGUGAAGUAGUUCUGCUUGUUACUAUAUAUCUCUGCUAACACCAGCAUGAUCUGUUGGGGCUUUUCCAUGAAUAAAUAAAAGUUAUAAUGCUAGUUUACAGUAAAAUACUUUCUAGGACACUUCACUAAUUUACAGGUUCUGCAUUAGCCUUUAGAACUAAUAAUAUUUAACAUUUAAAGAGUGUGGAUUUCAUAGUUUCAGGACAUUUGUAGUUUAAAAAUUGAGUAUGCUUUGCCAUAAGGAGGAAAGAAUAAUUUGGUAAAUAUAUAUUUCAUUCCCAGCCUUAACAGAUACUUAUUUGUUUAAAUGUAAACCUUUUCAUUUUAUUUUCUCCAAUUCUGUUCAUUUAUUUACCUUGCAAAUGUGUAUUGUGUCACCCUGUUUAAUGUUGUUCAAAAGGAGUCUUUGUUUUUGUUUUUGCUGGUUAAAAUA